CAUGCGGGGAAUGUCACUGUGAAUGCCAGGUUGAAUGUCACGGAAUCUCCGCCCUUCCUCCCUCCGUCCCUUUUUCAAAGUAAUUCCUCAUUUCGUUCCCGUCUUCCCGUCGUGCGCCGGCGACACGGCGGCCCCCAUGCAGUCCCGCCCGCCUCCUGGCUCGUCCUCCAUCGGCAAUGGUCACGAGGAGGCGGAGGAGGAGGACGACUUCCACUGGGACGCCGCGGCGGAGGCGGAGCUACAGGCCAUCGAGGCCGCCUACGCCGCCGCCAAGCGCCGCCGCCUCCCCGACUGGCUCAGCCCCGCUUCCGUCCGCGCCCGCCCGAACCCGGCCACCGCAUCCGGGGGCUCCCCCGCGCCGUCAUGGGCCCCUUCUCCUCCCGCUUUCCGAGGUAAUGUGAAGGCAAGGUACCAACCGGUUAUGUUCAACGGCAAGAUAGUGUACUGCAGGACACUUUCAGAAGUGGAGAAAGCCACGAGGGACAUUUUACGCAAAAUUGAAACAAUAAAGGCCUCUGGCCAGGUCUCUCUCGGAUUUGAUCUCGAGUGGAGACCGUUUCCAAGAAGAGGAGAUCCACCAUGUAAAGUUGCUGUAAUGCAGUUAUGCAUGGAGAAAACUCAUUGUUAUGUCAUGCAUAUCAUCCAUUCUGGAGUACCACCCUUACUGAAGUCCCUUUUGGAGGAUAGUUCGUCUGUUAAAGUUGGAAUAUGUAUAGACAAUGAUGCAAGGAAAAUGUUCAAGGACUAUGAUGUCCAUGUACAGCCAUUGAUGGAUUUGUCCAUUCUUGCUAAUGCCAAGUUAGGUGGUCCUCCUAAAAGAUGGAGUCUUGCUUCAUUGACUGAAAUGAUCACAUGUAAAGAGUUGCCGAAGCCAAGCAACAUAAGAAUGGGAAACUGGGAGGCAUAUGUUCUCUCUAAGCAACAACUUCAGUAUGCUGCCACAGAUGCUUACAUAUCUUGGCACUUGUAUGAGGUACUGCAGAGUCUCCCAGACAAUAAUAUUGAGGUUGAAAAGGAGACAGUUACAGCUGCAUAGCUGCGAAUGCAUAAACUGAAAAUUGUGCUGUUAACCUGACUGAUAAAUCUCUAGUGUUCUGCAUCUUCACCUACCAGGGCUGAGAAGAAAAAUCUUUUUCAGAAGUUAGAACCACAGGAUGAUGAAAGUUUCUUGAACAUACAUCAAAAGGCAGCGCACAGGGACAUGCAAUUUACUGUAAAUCGUUCUAGAUGUGAUUGCGGAACUUUUCAGCUACUGUUAUGUGCAAAAUUUAGUGUACACUCUUUAGACCGUAUUGGAUUUAUAAUGUAUUUUUUGGCAAGGAAUUGGAUUCAUUAUGUCACAAGGCUCCGGUUGACACUUCUUUUGAGUUAUAAUCCCAAGAAAUUUUGGGUCUUA